AUGUCGUCAGAAGAUGAUUGGUCGAAGUUGCCCACUCUGUCCAAAGUACAGCACAAGCUCUGGAACGCACGUGUGGCAGGAUACGAAGAAGCGUUCAAAAUAUUUUCAACAGAGACAAAUGGAAAAAGUCCUGUUUUUAACGAAUAUGUUGGAUUGAUGAAGAAGUUCGUGACUGAUUCUCAUGCUGGAGCUCAGGAAAAAGCUCUAGAUGCUGUCUUAGCAUACAUAGAAACAGCUGCAGCAGCUACAAAAUGCGCUGGAGAUAUUUGUUCUGGUAUCAUAUCAAAAUGUCUGGGUUCUACUCGAAUAAAAACAAAAGACAAGUCAAUUGAGUGCCUAUUGAUGCUGAUAGAAAUUGAGCGUCAUGAAUUAGUAAUAGAAGAGCUCAUUAAAGGUUUAUCAACUAAAAAUCCAAAAGUUGUUGUCGGAAGCUUACAGACUCUUCGUGAAGCUCUAAAGUGGAUAGGAGUAACAACAAAAGACCUAUUAAAGGAUAUCAAACCAGUUGUGUCAAAACCUAAAGAAAUUACUCCAGAUACUGGUGCUGAAAGUAAUCCAAUUGAUGGCGCUAUUCCAGGUGGAACUUUAACCGACCAGGUUGAUUUGGAUGAUAUGAUUACUCCUGUUGAAGUUCUUAGCAAAAUCCCCAGCGAUUACUGGCAACAAAUAGGGGAAAAGAAGUGGCAAGAUCGGCGUGACGCUUUAGAGGCACUUGAAAAAAUUACGAACGUUCCUCGGAUUGUUCCAGCAAGAGGGUUAAAAUCUAAGUUCAGUCCUUACUCCCAACAAACCUUACAAGCGUGUUUAGGGAAGUUUAAAGAAAAGAAACCUAAUGUUGUUCAAGCUCUAAGAGAAUCUGCUGAUGGUGCCGUAUCUUCGAAUUCACUAGAUCAUUUUGUGGAUGAUAUUGUAGCCGCAUUAAGUCACAAAACACCUAAUGUACGUGCAGAAGCAGCCUUAAUUCUAAGUAGAGCGUUCAAAAAAUGUUCCGCCACAUCACUAAACAAAAAGGUUUUAAAAUCAUUUACUGUACCGUUAUGUGUGACAUGCAACGAUACUGUUCCUGAAGUGCGUGAAUGUAGUUUUGCUGCGCUUGGUGCUGCAAUGUUCGUCGUGUCGGCAAAAACUAUCCAGCCCUUUCUCAGCGAACUUGAUUCCAUCCGGCUGGCGAAAAUCAAUGAAUGUUGCGAACGAAUAGCGUCUGAACUUAGUAAUUCAAAUAACUCCGGUAACCAACUAACUGCUCCUUCGACAAAUAUGUCUACAUCUGCUAAACCCAAUACUGUACCACGUCGUGCAGCACCACCAGUCACUCGUCCGAAUACAGCGUCCAGUGGCACUGGAGAGGCUAAUUCCGAAUGUGCUACUAAAACACCAACUUCUGGGCCAUCUAGUAAAAAAUCGACAGCACGUACGAAAUCUGUUAUUGAGAAAUCGAAAUUCACCAUUCCAACAGAAAACUUGUUAACAGAGGAUGAAAUAUCUCAGAAAGCUUCUGAGCAUCUUGGGGAAGCACUUAUCAAGCAAUUAUCUGAUACGAAUUGGAAAGAACGCUUGCAAGCGGUUGAACAAAUGAAAUCUAACAUACAUUCCUUUACCAGUUCUGACGUACCUACUCAAAUUUUGUGUCGUGCUGUUCUACUUAAGCCUGGAAUCAAGGAUACUAAUUUUCAGGUACUGCGCGCUCGAAUUGAGUACAUCGAUGCAGUUUUGUCUCUAAGCGUUUCUAUCAGUUCAAAUUUGGCUGAGUUACUUUUAUCAGAUUUGAUUGAUAAGGUUGGUGAUACGAAAGUCGGUGACGUCACAAAAAUUGCGAUGACAAAAUUGGCUGAGAAAACAAGUCUCGAAUUAGUUGGUGGUUUUAUAAUGCGCACACUAUUUCAGAUUAAAAAUCCUCGCAGUCAGACCGAAGGUUUGGCUUGGUUGAAUCAAAGCAUUCAGGAAUUCGGAUUUUGUAUUCCACCACAAGAAGUUGGACCACUUCUAAAAACAGGCCUCAAUGCAACUAACCCUUCUGUUCGUCAAAAUUCACUAAAUCUUGCUGGGACAAUUCAUUUAUAUCUCCAUGAUCGUUUGGCAGCUCUCCUAGCGGAUGAGAAACCGGCUUUGAUUACGUUACUAAAUGCGGAAUUUGCGAAAAACAAAGAUAAAAAAGCUCCUGCUCCAACUCGUUUUUCUGCUGCCCAAACUCUUUUCAAAGAAUCAGUGUCUGCUCAACCCAGCGGGACUGAAGCAUUGUCUAGAGAUAUAGAAACUACCGGUCAAAUAGAGGAGGUGGACUCUGAUGUAUUACUUCCAAAAGUAGAUAUCAGUGACCAACUCACACCUGAACUCCUGGGACUUCUGAAAGCAAGGUUUGGAAAGAACGUUUAG